AAACCCAUUUUAUGACUUUUUAAAUUAAUUAAUUUAUUUAUUUAUUUUAUUUUUAUUUUAUUUUAUUUUUUUGCAGUGUGUGACUCAUGCGAGACGUUUUCAUUUUUACUGGUGAUCGGUGAGAGAUUAGAGAGUUUCCGGUGGCCGGUCUCCUCCUUCCUGUGUGCAGUGGGCGGACCCCGGGCCCCCCUCCCCGCCCCACACACCUCUCAGUCUGCAUUAAACCCACCAGCUCCUGUCCGGGUGCAGCACACUGCAGUCUCCAUCAGUCUCCUCCGCUCUGCGCUCUCCUUGCAGGUGGGAAAUAGCUCCACGCACACAGGACGGUCACCAUGGUUUUCGUCGUUGCCGUGGCUAUUUUGUCCCUGGUGGUUUCCAUUGAAAGCAGCGUGGGACCAAGCACCAACACCAGCUUCUGCACCGAGUCCAAGGAAUGUCUGGAAUAUGAACUGGUCUGCAAAACAGACGAGUAUGAAGUGCGACACCUCUCCCCCACUCGCUGGGUGUCGACAGACGCCGAAGCCUACUUCAUGGGAGUGGGAGCAGCCAUGGCUUUCAGGAGACUCUUCCAGUACAUCAACGGAGCAAACGACGAAGGCGUGAAAAUGGAGAUGACCGCCCCAGUCCUGGUGAAGGUCCCAGAGGAAACCAAGCUGUGGGAGCCGGCCGUCUACACGCUCAAUUUCCCGCUGCCGGCGGCCUAUCAGGACAAGCCGCCCACGCCCACCAACGACAAGGUGUAUUUUACGGCGAUGCCGGACAUGGACGUGUAUGUGAGGAGCUACGGAGGCUGGAUGCUGUCGGUCACCUCCAGGCUUCACUCCCACCUGCUGACCAAAGAGCUGGAGCGAGUUCGCGCCUCCUACAACCACACCUAUCACUAUGGAGUUGGUUACGACAGUCCCUUGAAGCUCCUGAACCGGCAUAACGAGGUGUGGUACGUGGCUGAAGGGGAGCCGGUGUGCACAGACCCACAGGAGCCCACUCCCGCACACACUCCCCGGCCCACGCCGACCCGCCUGCUCGCGGACUCGCCCUCAGAGAUGCUGUCCGACUCGCCCUACUUCCCUCCGUCCAACCUGUCCUCAAACGCCACCUUUAACUCCUCUUCCUCCUCACUGCUGCCCUCCGACCCCUCGGCCGUCCUCCCGUCCGAAACCCCGGCGAGCAAUUCGUCCGAGCCUCACACCGAGGCCGCGUUCAGUCACCCUCCGUCCUCUGCCCUCGUGGUGGAGGACCCGACGGCGGCCAACACCUCCGCCCCGGCCUCUGCCGGCCCCUCAGUGGAGCCGGAGCACGAGGCCGGAGCGUGGAACGUCACAACCAGCAGCUCUGUGGACACACAAGCCAACCCUGGCACCGAGGUCCAACCAGGCGAUGCCCAUUAGCAGCACCGAAGCUAUUGAUGUUAGACAUGCAGAAGCGAUGCACUCUUUGGUUGUUUAUUUCUCCAGUAUGCAAUAUGCUCUCAUUUUACCACAGCUUUGUUCCUGCUCCACCCAGAGUAUCUGUUCACGGUGUCCCUCCCAAGUUAUCUAUAGGUAGACGUGAGGCUAAACUAUAUUAAUCAGAUUUAACUGUUAGGACUUCAAUGGAUAUCUGCUUUAAUCUGAUAAACACAACGCUGGGAUUAACUACAGUAGAGCGUUACGUCUGUAGAACGUGAAUUGUCUUGAUGAGACGAGGUUCGACUUUCCGCGCAGCUCCAUCGCCGACUUUCUUCUUCUGCUGUACGUGUGGCAAAGUAUCAGUGCUGUAUAAACACUGUAUAAACCAGCGUGCGCGUUCAACGGGAUCUUUGCUGCACAAAUAAACAAUCACACUAAAGGCUAAUUUUGCAACAAAGUAGAGCAUUUUCUCCUGCAUUUUAUUAUUUAAAUUAGCUUCCAGGGAAGGAAAGACCCGUCUAACACUGUAUGUGAAGUAAGCAGUCCUGCUUCAGGCGCUUAAACUUAACAGGGGGUUUAAUUCUCACAAAGUCAAAAAUGUAUUUUAUUUUUCUUUUAAAAUUCCGUAACAAAAACAGCAAUACGUUUCCAGCACCUUUUAAUUUCUGACAGCUUUUGUAUUAUUUCAACUCGUCUAUUAUUGUUGGCCAAACAAUGGUAAUUAAAAGAAACCUGCAACCACUAGAUCAAGUUAUUUGUCAACGUUUUGAACUCACAAUUCAUGUAAAAAAAAAAAAAAACCCAACUUGAAAAGUAACACAACUGCUUUUUUGUUGUUUUUUUUUCUUGAAAACUGAGCAUGGUUAAAAGGACGCCAACACAAGUUAAUCCCUCUUUCCCAAAGGAACGUAUCAUUCACUUCACUCUGCUUCAAAUAAAACCGCUUGACAAAUCUUUCUGCUGUCAUUAAACUGGCAUUGUUCUUGAAAAGUGUCUCUUAAAAAAGUGUAACUAUGUUCUCUGAAACUGCACCAAAGAUCCCAGAGAAACACGCUGCAUCAAACCAAUGCAAUAAAAUGUGUGUAUGUAACUUUAGAAACAUCAUUCCGCAGCGAUGCAUCUCAGAGCUACGUGGUAAAUCUUCUGAGGAAGGCGCAAUAAAAUGGUACACUCUUGUUGAA